GUUUUGUAUGUAGAUAGGCUUGGCAACUUCUGUGCGCUUAGCAUGUGGACAAUAAAAUUGUGACAAUGCUUAAGUUUCAGAAUACGGUAGUGAAUAGCCAAAACUUUCAAAAUUAAGCGCAACCUGCAGUUCUUGUAAGACUGGCACUCAUAGUACUUAUGAUCUCUGCUUCAUGUGCGAGCAAUUAGUGUAAUCUGUUGCGGUUCGCGCCAAAGCCUUGCGAGCGCCUCCGUGUUAAUUGGUAUUCCAUCAAUGCCUUUGUAACAGCGCUUGAUUGGGCAGCGUCCUAAUUCACAGUGAACUCGAGGCCUUAGGGAUCGUAUCUGACCAUGUUCGGCGGAACCUCUGGCAACACCGGCGCGACCGGAUUUGGCUUCGGUGGCGCUAGGACAUUCGCUCAAGGUCCUGGGGCCGGCUUUGGAGGCGGCUUUGGCAACGCCCCCGCUGGUGGCUUCGGUGCCGGGGGCGCCGGUGGUGGCGGAUUCGGGGGCCCGUCAGUGCUGUUCGGAGCUGCUUUGCCAGCAGCGGGCCAUGCCCCUGCAGCUCCCGCGCAGGGCGGCGGGACAGACGGCGGCGCACGGCCCCCCCGCGGCGCUGCAGCGGGGGCCCCUGCAGGCGCCCAACCCCCGCAACAACAGCAGCCCCACCCCCGAGGCGGCGGCCUUGGAGGUGGAGGUGGAGGAGGAGGUGCGGGUCGCGGCGUGUUUAACCGCCUGGGCCUUGGCGUCCUCAGGGACACCUCCUCCACUGCAGCAGCAGCCCAGCAGCAGCAGCACCCGGGUGCUGGCGGCUUCGCGGGUGGCUUCGGAGGCGGCCGCGGUGGCGGUGGCAGAGGAGCGUUUGGAGGCGGCGGAGGCGGGGGAGGGCUGGCAGCAGGCGGUGGCGGAGGAGGAUUAGACGGAGGAGGAGGUGGGCGAGGAGGAGGGCGAGGAGGCCGAGGGGCCGGUAGGAACCAGUGGG